AUGACAGAGCCGUCUGCAGCGGACUGGAAGGCCCUCUGCGCAGCAAGGAAACGUCACCAGUCCGACGCAAUCCCCCCCGCAUGGAACAUACAGCCGCCCCCAGACGACCAUCGCAACGUGCUCGAUGUCCCCGUCGCCUCCGGCCUCCUUACCGCCCGCGAGCUCGGAAUUACGGAUACCAUCGACCUCGAAAUCAUCCUCCGAAACCUCGCCGCUGCGAAGUGGUCCUCCGUCGAGGUCACCACUGCGUUCUACAAACGCGCCAUCAUCGCUCACCAGCUCACCAACUGCCUAACCGAGAUCUUUAUUGAUCGCGCCCUCGACCGCGCCCGCCAAGUCGAUGAAUAUCUCCACCUGCACGGCAAGCCCAUCGGCCCUCUCCAUGGCCUCCCAAUAUCCCUCAAGGACCAGUUCUGUAUCAAAGGACUAGAGACCAUCAUGGGCUAUGCAGGAUGGAUCGGGCGUGUCGCCGAAUCCGACAGCGUCCUCGUCCACGUCCUCUACCAGGCUGGCGCGGUCCCCUUUGUGCGCACCAAUGUGCCACAAACAUUGCAGUGGGGCGAGACGUACAACCACGUUUUCGGACGAACUACGAACCCAUACAAUCGCUACAUGACCUCUGGCGGCUCCUCUGGCGGAGAAGGCGCACUUGUCGCGCUCCGAGGCAGCCCCUUGGGCGUCGGCACCGAUAUCGGAGGCUCCGUGCGGAUCCCCAGCGCAUUCUGCGGCCUGUACGGGCUUCGGCCCUCGUACGAACGCCUCCCGUACUGCAACGCGGUGAACUCCCAGGAAGGCCAGGAGAGCAUUUCUUCCGUGCUCGGGCCGAUGGCGAACACCCUCGGCGCCCUCCGCGUGUUCACCCAGGCUGUUCUCGCCGCCGAGCCCUGGCGGCACGACCCGCUGUGCGUCCGCAAGCCUUGGAGUGCCUGCGAAUAUGAUCUCGCCGACCACGGCGGGCGUGGCGCGCGCCUCUGCUUUGCCCUCAUGCCGGACAACGGCGUGGUGAAGCCGCACCCACCGCUCGCGCGCGCGCUCGCCACUGUCAAGGCCGCGCUCGAAGCCGCAGGGCACACAGUGAUCGACUGGGAGAACCAUAGGCACCUCGAGAUCUACAAGAACGGCGUCAGCAUAUUCAACGCGGACGAUGGCGUCGACUAUCGGACCGAGUGCGCGCGGUCGGGUGAGCCGCUCAUUCAGACCAUGUCGCCCUCGACGGACGCGCACGAAUACGCACUCGAUGCGCCCAUGGCGCGCUCGAUCCUGGGGGAGAACAUCCGCCACCUCUCCGCAUACGAGCUCUGGCAGCUGCACAAGGAGAAGCGCACCCUGCGCAAGUCCCACCUCGACCACUGGGAGGCCACCGCGUCGCGCACGAGCACCGGCCGCCCCGUCGACGCGAUCGUCUCCCCGGUCGCGCCGUACACCGCGGUCCCGCACGGCUGCAACUCGGACGACUUCUACACCGCGCUCUGGAACUACCUCGACUGCACCGCGCUCGUCUUUCCCGUACCGUCGGUCGUGUGCGACCCCGCGCUGGAUCCGCGCGCGCCGCCCCACGAGUUUUGGAACGCAGAGGACGCGGCGGUGCACGCGCUGUACGACCCGGAGCUGUUCGCGGGGCUGCCGGUGGGGCUGCAGCUCGUCGGGCGCACGCUGGAGGAGGAGGGCGUGCUCGCUAUGGCCAGGGUCGUCGUGGACGCGCUCGAGGCCAGACGCAAUGCGCGGACGGAGGGGGCGUAG